UUUUAAGUUUAUUGUCAGUUGGUGUCUGGAGCAGAAUGACCGAUAAACUGUUGAUAACCGAUCGCGAGAAAAUUCGACAGGAAUGGGGAAAAUCAGGAAAAGAUGCACAGCAGUGCAUCGAAAUACUCAGGAAUUGGGCCAAAACGCAGAAACAUUUACCAGAAGUUCCCAGUGAUAAUAUGAUAGAAUUUUUCCUAACAAAUUGCAAGUACAGCAUUGAAAGAACCAAGAAAAACAUAGAUUUUUGCUACACAGCAAGAGAUCUCAUGCCUGAAAUGUACAGAGGUUUCGAUACUCCAAAUAGCAAUAGCUUAGAUAUAAUGCUUUAUACAGGUUAUGCUGUAUUGCUUCCAAACCUCACCCCAUCGUUACAUAGAAUAGCAAUAAGUAAAAUGAAGGAAGUCGAUCCGGAUAAGGCAGAUAUUACAAAAUAUUUAUCCUAUUUCGUCAGCCAUUUUUACGAAAUUCGAAUGCAAGAAGAUCUAGCUUUGGGCGAUAUUGUGAUACUGGACGCGGAGCACCUGAAGUUCAACGUUAUGAAUAAACUGACGCCGACGUUUCUCAAGCAAUUUGCCACAAUUGUGCAGAAAGUCCAGAAUAAUCGAAUGAAAGCGCUGCAUUUCCUAUCGCCUCCCAGUUACAUGGACGUUAUUAUAUCGAUGUUCAAGGGUUUUCUGAGCAAAAAGUUACAAGAUAGGAUAUUCAUUCACCGCAAACUUGAAGAUUUGUACGAACACGUCCCGAAGGAAAUGCUGCCCAGCGAUUACGGGGGUAAAGAGAAAUCUUUGGAUGAAUUGGAAGAAUUGUGGAAGAAGAAACUACUGGAAUACACAGACCGAUUCCAGAAACUGGAAACCAUGCACGUCAACGAAUCCCUGAGGCCGGAGGAAUUAAGGAACGAAGAAGAUUUGUUUUACGGGAAUUUCAAAAAAAUCGACAUCGAUUGAUUUAUCGAAAAUAGUUCAAAAACUUACUGUUUAAUUGUAGCCGAAAGAA